AUCAUGGCAGGGGCUGAAGCUGCAACAUGGACACUAGACUGAUGGGAGCAUCUUGUGCAGCAGAAGCUUUCAGCCAUUUCGCAUCAUUGAUUAUACACCAGCUGCACUUAGCCCAUUCAAAAAAUCUAAUUUAAACAUUUGUAUAGACCAGAAUAUCUCUGCAAGCCUUUGUAUUGAUUUGCGGCCUGCCACACCUUUAUAAUGGAUGCUGCAGGCUUUUCUUAUUCCUCUGCAUGCAUAAUGAAUGAGCUUUGUCUUCAGGGUCUGUUUAUUGGCUUUAUAAUAGCUUUAAAUCUGAACACACAAUUAAAGAUUGGUAAUACGAUGUUGCAACAAGUCUCAAAGCUUCAUAACAUGAAUAUAAAAAUUAAAUUCCCAAUCCAAUGCAAUGUUGGAAUUUAAUUUAGUAGGUUGUUUAUACAUUUAUAUUGAUCCUAUGCAGAAUUUUUCACCCUCUAUUGAUUAGAUGCACAAAUUUCCUCCUUUACACCUGCUGUUAAAAUGCUUUCCACUUGUUUCUCCUCAAAGCCCCGAUAUGCACUAACAUUGUUUUAAUGUAGAGGAGGUUUUGCAGUAUCUCUUUGUUAUAUUUGGAGUAUAAACAGCAGUGAAAAAUGCUGGUAGUAGAGGUUUUUUUUCCUCCUCCUCGGUGCACAGAAGCAAAUCCCUGCCCUGCUGUAUAAAUCUGGAAGCACCGCCCUCCCAUUCAGCAGUUGUUGCAUCGACCCCGUUGGGUACAACACGCGACGCAAACCCCCCUCGCUUUUAAUAAGCCUUUUUCUUCAUAUUUUCUCCUCUUUCUCCUCUAACCUCAAACGAAAACAUGGUAAGUUGAAUUUCCUCUUUCACUCGGAGUGGUUUUGGAUGAUUUUGGGGACGUUAAAGUGACAUUUGGGGGUGUCGAGCCGGUGUUUUCUGCCGUUACGCGACGUCGUUUAGCGGUUUUUUUCCAUCAACGGUUUGAUGGAUUUCGCGAUAUUCAGACGAAUUUAAAGGGUUUUUAUUCAAUUUGAGAGGUAUUCUGAUCAAAUUUAAGGUGUUUAUGUUGUUUUCUAAGGGUACAUUGUUCUGCAGUAUUGGCACGGUGUGACUGUCAUUGUGUACUGAUGAGAACAAUGCACUGAAUGGCGUAAUUCGGUUUAACGGCUCAAGUAACAGUAAUUCAGAAAGAUAACUCUCUCCUAUCUCUGAAAGUAUCAACAUUUUAAAGUCUUUUUUCAUUUUUGAUCAUUUUUAACGCGUCAAUACACAAAAAUAGGCACCUUGCAUAUAUGCCCUACCCUGUAUGAAGGCGGGGAGGGGCAGCUUGGGUGGGGAUGGAUGGAUGAUGGAGACUGCAGGUAUCAUUUUUAAUUCAUUAGAUUCAGGAGCAAAUAAAUGUUUAAUCACAUCAUGGAUUAAAAAUUCAGACGUUAACUUCUGUUAUAACGUUUCCUUGUAUGCAAAGUGUUCAUUCUAAUCUGAUUAGAUUUAAUUUCAGAUGAUAAAUCGAUUUUAAUCAUAUGCAAAAUACUAUCCUGUGCAGUGAUAUAUCAGAUUUUUCCAAAGGGCAAAUCGUACUUCCUCCAAGUGGAAGGUUCCAGAUUGCUGAUGUGCAUGCGCAACUGAAUUUGCAUUCGUGCUCGAGCUUGCAGAAAAAAAGGGAGAGUGUGGGAUGAAAAGACAAGGAGAGACAAGAGGAAAGAGGAGAGCAGCGUCCUGCCUCUGUGGGGGCCGCUGUCAGACAUUUUUGUCCCCCCCUGCAGAUUGUGGUGCAGGGAGGGAGGUGCCUCCUGCUGCACUGCUUCCCCCAUUUCAAGAGGCAUUCAUGUUAGAGCUAACAUGCUAAGACUUGAAAGAAAAUGAACACAGGUGGAUGAUAAUUACCUCUUUCUCCUCUUCUUCCAGCGUGAGUGUAUCUCCAUCCACGUUGGACAGGCUGGCGUCCAGAUCGGCAAUGCCUGCUGGGAGCUCUACUGCCUUGAACAUGGGAUCCAGCCGGAUGGACAGAUGCCCAGUGACAAGACACUGGGAGGAGGAGAUGAUUCCUUCAACACCUUCUUCAGUGAGACUGGAGCAGGAAAGCACGUCCCCAGAGCUGUUUUUGUAGACCUGGAGCCCACUGUGAUCGGUGAGUCAUUUGGAAAUUAGUUUGGAAAUAAGACAAAUAAAGGUGAAAUAUCAGGAGGUAACUAAUUAAUGUUUUAUUUGAUUUUUAGAUGAGGUUCGCACUGGGACCUACCGCCAGCUGUUCCACCCAGAGCAGCUGAUCACUGGAAAGGAGGAUGCUGCCAACAACUACGCCCGUGGACACUACACCAUCGGCAAAGAGAUCAUCGACCUGGUGCUGGACAGGAUCCGCAAACUGGUAACUUGAAAUCAGAAGUGACAUUCAGUAAGAUUAUAUAACUCACCUUUUAUCUGUGCUCACUAUCUCUCUCUCUCUGUGUCCUCAGGCUGAUCAGUGCACUGGCCUUCAGGGCUUCCUGGUCUUCCACAGCUUUGGAGGUGGUACCGGCUCUGGUUUCACCUCCCUGCUGAUGGAGCGUCUGUCUGUCGACUACGGCAAGAAGUCCAAGCUGGAGUUCUCCAUCUACCCAGCUCCCCAGGUGUCCACUGCUGUGGUGGAGCCCUACAACUCCAUCCUGACCACUCACACCACCCUGGAGCACUCUGACUGUGCCUUCAUGGUAGACAACGAGGCCAUCUACGAUAUCUGUCGUAGAAACCUCGAUAUCGAGCGUCCCACUUACACUAACUUGAACAGGUUGAUCAGUCAGAUCGUGUCCUCCAUCACUGCGUCUCUGCGUUUUGAUGGUGCCCUCAAUGUUGAUCUGACAGAGUUCCAGACCAACUUGGUGCCAUAUCCCCGUAUCCACUUCCCUCUGGCCACCUACGCCCCUGUCAUCUCAGCUGAGAAAGCUUACCAUGAGCAGCUCUCUGUGGCUGAGAUCACCAACGCCUGUUUUGAGCCAGCCAAUCAGAUGGUCAAAUGCGACCCUCGCCAUGGCAAGUACAUGGCCUGCUGCCUUUUGUUCCGUGGUGACGUGGUGCCCAAAGAUGUAAACGCCGCCAUCGCCACCAUCAAGACCAAGCGCACCAUCCAGUUUGUGGACUGGUGCCCCACUGGUUUUAAGGUUGGCAUCAACUACCAGCCUCCCACUGUGGUUCCUGGUGGUGACCUGGCCAAGGUCCAGAGGGCCGUGUGCAUGCUGAGCAACACCACUGCUAUUGCAGAGGCCUGGGCCCGUCUGGACCACAAGUUUGACCUGAUGUAUGCUAAGCGUGCCUUUGUUCACUGGUACGUGGGUGAGGGUAUGGAGGAGGGUGAGUUCUCCGAGGCCAGAGAGGACAUGGCAGCUCUGGAGAAGGAUUAUGAGGAGGUGGGAGUCGACUCCAUUGAGGGGGAGGGAGAAGAGGAAGGAGAGGAGUAUUAAAAAGAGCAGAAAGGCAUUAGUUUAACAGGAAAUAGUUGAUUGCAAUGUGUUCUUGAAUGCAUUACCAGCAGAAAUGUUUGUGUGCCAAGUUCAAGCUUGGCUGUUCAGACCUAAAAAAAACUGAAAUUGUCAAGUUUGGCUCGUUCAAAUAAAAUUCCUGUCACCUGUGAGCUGA